CGUGGCGGCGCGGUUCCCAGGCCCAGGUGAGCCGGCACCAUGGGGCAGGCGAGCUGCAAGGGGCUCUACCAGUCGCUGUUCGACUACAAGACCGAGAAAUAUGUCAUCGCCAAGAACAAGAAGGUGGGCCUGCUCUACCGGCUGCUGCAGGUCUCCAUCCUGACCUACCUGGUGGUUUGGGUGUUCCUAGUGAAGAAGAGUUACCAAGACACCGACACCUCCCUGCAGAGCAGCAUCAUCACCAAAGUCAAGGGCGUGAUCUUCACCAACACCUCGGAGCUGGGGGAGCGGCUCUGGGAUGUUGCUGACUACGUCAUCCCACCCCAGGGGGAGAAUGUCUUCUUCGUCAUCACCAACCUGGUUGUGACCCCCAACCAGCGCCAGGAAACCUGUGCUGAGAAUGAAAGCAUUCCUGACGCCGUGUGCUCCGAGGACAGUGACUGUCCUCCUGGGGAGCCUGUCGUGACUGGAAAUGGAGUGAGGACUGGCCGCUGCCUGCGGGCAGAGAACAUGCAAAGGGGCACCUGCGAGAUCUUCGCCUGGUGCCCAGUGGAAACAAGGUCCAGGCCAGAGAAGCCUCUCCUGGGCAAGGCUGAAGACUUCACCAUUUACAUAAAGAACUUCAUUCGUUUCCCUAAAUUCAACUUCUCCAAGACCAAUGUGCUGGACACCAAAGACAGAGCUUACCUGAGGUCCUGUCGGUUUGGCCCCAAGGACCCCUACUGCCCCAUCUUCCGACUGGGGUCUGUGGUCAGCUGGACAGGGAGCAACUUCCAGGAGAUAGCCCUGCAGGGCGGUGUGAUAGGGAUCCAGAUCGAGUGGGACUGUGAUCUCGACAAAGCUCCUUCUGAAUGCAACCCUCGCUAUUACUUUAGCCGCCUGGACCGCAGGUUUCCCGGAAACUCUAUCUCCUCCGGGUAUAACUUCAGGUUUGCCAAAUAUUACCGCGAUGAAGCCGGGGUGGAGUUCCGCACCCUGAUCAAAGCCUACGGGAUCCGCUUUGAUGUCCUGGUGAAUGGCAGGGCAGGGAAGUUCAACAUCAUCCCCACAAUCAUCAACGUGGGCUCAGGGGUGGCACUCAUGGGUGUUGGGUCUUUCUUCUGCGACCUGAUACUCAUCUACUUCAUCAAAAAGAGCCACUUUUACCGCAACAAGAAAUUCGAGGAAGUACGGUCUGGCCACCCGGGGAAUGGAAAGGUGACCGUGGAGCAGCUGCAGAACCUGCAGACAGUGGAGGCGUAGCCAGAGGCGGCUGAGAGCAGAUUUAGUGAAGACGUUGGGCAGAACCGGCUGCAGCUCUGAACGGGAAGAGCGAGGAGCCUCUGUGUCUGCAUGGAUGGGGGUUCCAGGAGCCGCCAUCCCUCCUGCACUUUGGGAUCUUGUUACAAGCUUUUUGUUGUGUGUGGGGGAGGGGAAACGCUGGAGAGGGCAGGGGCAGGCCAGGGUGUAAAUGAUACUAGGUGUUUUCAUGUUUUCUGAGAACCUAGUUGGACAUUCAUUCACUCAUUUAUUCAUACAUGCAGUAAACUUUUUUUGCUGUGGGCUGGGCCCUAUCCAAGAGAUGCUUAAAUGAGACCCUGACCUGGCCCUCAGGGAGCUGAGCAACUGUGUAAUUCCCUCUAGAGACAACAGACUCACAGCCAGGCUCAGCCAUUCUGGCCUUCCUCCAGCCUCUGACUUUCACAGAGGGGAGGCAGGGAGGCCUCACUCCAGUCUCACCUGCCCAGCCUGGGGAGGCUAUGGGCAUAGCAUCUCGCCCAGAUGGGAGACACUGUCUCUGGUUUGGCUCUUGCUGUUCUGUGGGGUUGGGUGUCCUUGCCCAGCUCCCCUUCCUCUCUCCUCAAAGGCUGGCUGGGUCUGAAGGGCUAAGGACAGGGUGCUCACUCAGCAGGUGGGAACAGUUGUUAGGGAGGCCCUCACCCCUCACCCUCCUUCCCCACCCCACCCUGCUGCUCCCUCCCUUACUGUCUGUAGAGCGUCUCUCCUCAAGGUGUGGUCCCUGGACCAGCAGCCUCGGCAUCACCUGGGAGCUUGUUAGCCCUUCCCUUCCUCCUAAAUCAGGGCCUGUGUUGCAGUGGGGCUCCCAGGGGAUUCGUGUGCUCCUUACACUCAGAAGCCCUGCAAGUGUGAGGAGCUCUGCAAAGCCUGGUUCCGAGGGAGUAAAGAGCCAGCUUCGGUGGGUGGUGCCAAUUUUUAGGCCAAAC